AUGUCCUGCUCCAGCCUCUGUGUCCCUUCCUGUGGGGUGGCUGCCCCAGCCCCUCUGGCUGACACCUGCAACGAGCCCUGUGUGCGGCAGUGCCCCGACUCCACGGUGGUGAUCCAGCCCCCGGCCUCAGUGGUCACCUUGCCCGGGCCCAUCCUCAGCUCCUUCCCACAGCACAGUGCUGUUGGCUCAGCAGGAGUCCCCGGUGUUGGAGGGGGCUUUGGUGGCACUUUUGGAGGCCGUGGUGGCUCUGGAGGCUACGGAGGCUAUGGAGGCUAUGGUGGUUACGGUAGCUAUGGAGGCUAUGGUAGCUAUGGUGGCUAUGGAGGCUAUGGUAGCUAUGGUGGCUACGGAGGCUUUGGAGGGAGCUGUGGCUCUGGGGGCUGGCGCCGAGGCCACAGGUACCUCAAUGGCAACUGUGGGCCCUGCUAA